CUUUGGUUGUAGUUAAACCACACUCGCUGGAGCCAAUGACCUCCCACCUUCUCUCCUGCAGUGUAACAGUCUGAGGAGACUCACCAACAACUGGAGUCAUGGCAGAAAUCCGCAGAACUGAAAGGGUCCAGCUGCACGCUCCACAUCUGGAGGAGCUGCGUGGGGUACUGCAGGCAGGACUGGAGGAGAACUUUGCAGAAGUGCAGGUGAGUGUUGUGGAGUGUCCAGAUCUCACACAAGAGCCAUUCCACUUCCCUGUCAAAGGCCUGUGCGGAAGUCCUCGAAUCACCGAUGUGGGCGGUGUGCCAUACCUGGUUCCCUUGGUUCAAAAACACAAGGAAUACAACAUGAACACUAUAUCUAAAGAGCUGGAGCUGCCGGGAGCAUUCAUCCUCGGUGCAGCGGCGGCUCCCUCCAGGAUCGUUGGAAUGAACGCAGAGCUGGUGCCUGCGGUUCUCACAGAAGCAGAGGGGAGGCCAGCAGUGAACAGCAGUUACUACUCCUCCAUCAACCCCGCUGACGGCCAGUGUCUGCAGGAAAAAUACAGUGACAAAUUCUCCGACUGCAACUUUGGACUGCUGGGUAAUCUCUACGCAUGUGAGGGGCAGCCUGGAAAGGUCAUAGAGGUGCGAGCGAAGAAGAGAACAGGAGUCCACAGUCUCGUGACAGCCUUGAGGAACACGCUUGAGGGACACUACCCUGAUAAAAGCCUGGCGCUCGGAGGCACCUUCAUCAUCCAGAAAGGGAAAGCGAAAAUCCACAUCAUGCCGAGAGAGUUCUCAGUCUGCCCCCUCAACACCAACGAUGAGGUCAACAACUGGCUCAAGCACUUUGAGGUCAGCGCUCCGCUCAUCUGCCAGUCGGUGCUCGUUUCCAGGGAUCCGGGUCUUGACCUGCGCGUGGAGCACACCCACUGCUUCAGCCAUCAUGGAGAGGGUGGCCACUACUACAUCGACACCACACCCGACAGUGUGGAGUACCUGGGAUACUUCAUGCCUGCGGAGUUCGUCUACCGCAUCGACAGACCCACAGAGACCCACGAAGUUGGAUGAGACUGAAGCACAAGAGGAAAUUCAUUCAUGAUGUUUGCGACAUAGCAUCUCUUGAUAAUCUAAAUGUUUUAUUAUGAAAAUGAUUAGUUGACAUUACUUCUUAAAAUGUUUCCUCUUAAAUCCCAUUUCCCUCUCAAGAUUCUUGCACAUUUCUCCUCAAACAAAAUCAUUAAAUUACAUGAAAUAAAAAACCAAAAAAAAUUAUUUUCGCUGUUUGUUCAAUGACUGCUGAAGUUGACACCAACAAUUGGUACCACUGAAUUGAUAGUUGAUCUGGGACUUUGAUACACAUACUUGCCUGCCAACUCCAGUGUGAUAGAAAAAGCAGAUCAAACCGGAUAGUUAGAGUAAAGUCUAGUUUGGUACUGUUUUCCGAGGCAGAGAGGGAGAAACAAGCAUUUUGCAUUGUGUUAAACUAACUGUAGUAUCCACAUUGUAUUAAUACAGUGAUUAUAAAAGUUUACACACCCCAGGUUGUUAAGGUGCCAAACAAAUUACACCAAAAUAAAUCAUUUAAGAACUUCUUCAAACUUUAAUGUGACCUGUAUUCAGAACAAUUCAGCUGAAGAACAAACUGGAAUUUUCAAGGGGAAAAAGAAUGAUAGUCUGGUUUUAUAAGUGUGCUCACCCUGAAAGUGAUACUUUGUUAAUGCAUCUUUUGAGUUUAUGACGACAGUCAGUCUUUGUGGGUAGGAGUGUAUCAGCAUGGCACAUCUUUACUUGGAAUCUUCGCCCACUCGCAAAAGCGCUCCAAAUCUGUUAGAUUGCGAGGCCGUCUCCUGUGCACAGCCCUCUUCAGGUCAUCCCACAGACAUUAUUUGGGAUUCUGGUAUGGGCUCUGGCUGGGCCAUUCCAAAACUUCCAUCUUCCUUGAUCUGGUGAAGCUAUUCUUUUGCUGAUUUGGUGGUAUGUUGUGGGUCGUUGUGCUGAAAGGUGAAAUUCCUCUUCAUCUUCAGGUUUGGAACAGAGGCCUGGAGGUUUGGUGCCAAAAUUGACUGGUAUUUGGAAGUAAACAUUACUCCCUCCAACUUGAAUAAAGCCCCAGUUCUAGCUGAAGAAAGACAUUCCCAGAGCCUGAUGCUGCCAGCACCAUGCUUCACCGUGGGUGUGGGGAUCUUUUGGUGAAGUGCAGUGUUGUUUUUGCACCAACCAUGCCUUUUGGAAUUAUGUCCAACAAAUUCAACCUCGAUCUGAUCAGGCCAUAACGUUCUGCGACAUGCUUUUGGGAGACUUGAUGGAAAAAAUUAAAAGCUGACCUCAUAUGUUUUCUAAGGCCUUGGAAAAAAAUUAAUACCUUUUAACGAUGAGAUCCCUUUGAUGCUUUGUAGGCUCUUUGCGGACCGUGGCUUUUGCUGUAAGAUGAAACUGAGUUAAUGUCAGUGAAAUCCUAUCAGAUUGAUUUAUGUAUAUAACUUUAUUUGGGGUUAAUCAGAGUCACUCUAAUUGAUUGCCGGUGUGAUUGAUUAAUUCUGAACACAGCCACGUCCCCAUUUAUAAGAGCGCGAACACACAUAUGAAACCCCCAUCAUUGUAUUAUUUUAUUUUCCUGAAAGAUUUCAGUUUCUUUUCCAGUUGAUUAUACUUAAAAAAAAACGAGCAUUUUAACAGGGGUGUGUAACCUUAUUAAAUCCAAUCUGCCAAGGAGGUAAUGUUUUCAUCUGUUUGUUUGUUGUUUGAUUUGUUUGUAAAUGCGUUUAUGCAAAAGCUUUGGGAUGGAUUACCACGAAACUUGGUGGUUGGGGCAUUUUUGUUGCUGCAUUUUUUAAUGGAUCUUUAUGAAGAAUAAAGUGGGUCAUUUUUAGGGCA